AUGUCGUCUUCGAAUGCUCACUCUGCUCAUCUGGGUAAUGGUGUAUUGGUCAUAAAUAAAACUAGAAUUCUGUUGUUGAUAGCUCUAAUAGCAACGUGGUGGAUAGUGCAUUUUUUCCCGCGAUAUAGACCGGUUGUUGAAGAACACAUCAAAGACCGAAUAUCUUCUGCCGUCGACAAGAUUCCCGCUAUCAAAGUAGACUGGUAUACAAAUCAAGACCCACGCGAACAGUUCAAUGCCUCCAAAGUUGCACUUCUCAUCGAAGGCAGACCUCUUCCUCACUUGGUCCCACAAAUUCUGCAUAUGAUUUCUGUUGUGCCGCCGGAUUGGCGCUUUGUGUUUAUCGGCACAAAUAAGAGCGUCACAGCUGUUUCUCGCAGUUUCGCUACACAAUAUCAUAAGGCUAAUGGCAAGUUGGAUUUGAUGGUUCUUCCGAAACCCUGGAAGGUGGAUAGUAAGGAGGAUGUAUUCAGGGUUCUUACGGAUAUUCGAUUCUAUGAGGAAUUCUUGCCCGAGGUCGAAUGGUUGCUUAAAUUUGAGUCGGAUAGUAUUAUGUGUGGGAAUUCGGAAGAAAGUUUGAAUGAUUGGUUAGAUUAUGAUUGGGCUGGUGCUCCUAGAAUUGCGAAUGAUCAUUUUGCAGGAAAUGGCGGUCUUUCAUUCCGAAGGAUUUCAACAGUGAGAAAAAUACUUGGGUUUCAAUCCAGGAUUAAUGAUACGGCCCCCGAAGAUGAGUGGUUCGGGAAACGAAUCACGUUAUUACCAGGAGCACGAGUUGCUAGUGGUGAAAAAGAAGAUCAUUUUUCGGUCGAAGAUAGAUAUCAUGAUCGUCCUAUGGGAUAUCAUGUACGAGAUGGAGGAGAGGUACUUCCGGAAGAUGUGUGGAAGGAUCCAGAUCAUAGGAAGAAGAUUUUUGAAUAUUGUCCUGAAUUGUCGAUGAUAAUGCCAAUGAAGUUGGAGAGGGAAAGGUGUGAAGGGGAUAAUAAGAAGGGAGAAAUUAUUAAAAACAAGAAAGAAGGCGAAUGA